GUUGCUUGUCGAUGUGUUGUUGGGUUGAUGAAGCGUCGUCUACUUAUUAUUACCCACAUUUACUAUUUUUAACAAAAAGAAUUUUAAUGCAGAUUCAGUUUAUUAUGACCGUUGCAAGCGUGCAGAACUUGAAAUCUUUUGGAUAACGAGAAAAAUUGUGAAAAAAUAAAUAUUGUAGUAAAUAAUAUAGCACAAAAAACAAAAAAAAAUUUAAUUGAAAAGGCGGGCAGUGUUUAGAAUGCUAACGACUUAGUUUGACCGAAUUUUUGUGUGAAAAAUAUUAAAUUAAUUUUUUUUAUUUACCGUUUUUGUGUGUCAAUUUAAAAUUUAAAGUGUUCAAGUAAUUGUGCACAAAAAUGGGAAAUGCUGGCUACUCUUGUAUACGCAGAACUUUUUGCUGGCUCAACAUAAUACUAUGGAUCUGCAGUUGUGCAUUUUUGGGUGCUGGCGUUUGGUUACGACUAUCGUAUGAAGGUUAUGCGACUUUACUACCAGACCAUGCAGCAUUAAGCGCGGAUACAAUUUUCAUGGGCAUCGGCAUCGUAGGUUUCGUUGUUUCCUUCUUUGGCUGUUGUGGUGCGUGGGCACAGUCCAGAUGCUUAUUAGUUUUGUAUUUUAUGAUGAUUGUUGUACUAUUUUUGAGCGAAUUUCUGGUGGGUUCAAUAGCAUUUCUUUUCCGCGGUGGCCUUGGCCGUACAUUAGCUAAUGAGCUUAGAUUUGGCAUUGAAAGACAUUAUAAUGCAACAGAUCGUGGUUCAUUAGUUGCACCAUCUGUAGCUUCAAUAUGGGAUAACGUUCAACAUGCAUUUGAGUGCUGUGGUGUUUCAUCAUACGAAGAUUGGUAUGAUAUACAAUCAUGGAGUGGUAAACGUUGGGUGCCUGAAUCUUGUUGCAAGCCAGUUUAUGAAAAUCGUGGUAUUUUUACUGAAGGUUCUGGUGAUAGCAUAUUUAAAGUAGACUGUGGACGUUCUGAAAAUCCAUCACUUUGGUGGGACAGAGGUUGUGCUCAUUCUUUACAAGCUUGGUUUAAUGGACAACUUAAUGUUAUUGGAGCUAUUGGUCUUGGUAUAGCAUUUGUGCAGCUUUUUGGCUUAAUCACAUCAAUGUUGCUAUUUUGUACCGUCAAGCAUAAACGAGAAUCGGAUACUUAUAAAUCUUAUUCACCUUCAAUCGAUCCACAGACACGAACGAGUAGUUGGGAAGAUUGAAGUAGACUUUAAGUGCAAUUAUGGUAUAUUUUUAGUUUAUAAAUAAUUGCACAUCAAAAAAAAAAAAACUUGGAAAAUGACCA